AUGCCGGAGCCGGUUGAAGGAAGCCGCUGGUGGUGGGACUACACAGACGACAAGCCGUUUCCGCCGGAGCCUGCUUGGUCGCAUCCAUCUCCGGCGAUGAGUCGCGGCGGCACGACGAUGAAGCGUGGUGGAAGAGCUUUGUCGUUGAGGAGACGAAAAUUGGAACAAGCCCUCGAAGUGAAAUCCCUCCGUCGUAUUAUUAGCGCUUAUCUCAACUAUCCAGAGGCUGCGGAGGAGGAUAUUAGAAGAUAUGAAAGAUGCUUCGGAAGGCUUGUGCUUGCCCACAAGGCGCUGUUGUUGCACCUUCCGCUGAAAUUUCAAAAACUUAGAUGGUGUGUCACACAAAAUUCUUGUUUCAUAUUUGAAAUGCUCAAGGCCUUUGAACCCCCUCUUGAUAUGAGUCUGGACGUUGAUAUUUCUGAUGAUCAAACCAUAGCGAAUGCCUCAGAUAACUGUCCUUUGUCUAGUGAGAUGACCGUUCUUCCUUGUCAGUCUGGCUCAAAUAGUAGCAAAAUGCCUUUUUCAAGGGCUGAUGGUUUUAGCUCCGGAGAUGGAGCUCAUGGAUCCUUGACAUCGGAAAUUGUUAAUGAGGCAAAGAAUAUCAGUGAUUCGAAUGAAAAUGCUGGGAACUGUUCUCUCUUUGGUAGUGACACAAAGGUAUCUUCAUCAUCAUCACCUGAUUGGUUGGACCCAUCAUUACAGUUCCGUGUACCUUUAGUUGAUGUAGAUAAGGUGCGAUGCAUCAUAAGGAACAUUGUCAGAGACUGGGCAAGUGAGGGUCAGCGUGAACGUGACGAGUGCUAUAAGCCAAUACUUAAUGAACUUGAACGACUUUUUCCAGAUCGUUCCAGGGACAGUCCUCCUGCAUGUUUAGUUCCUGGGGCUGGACUCGGGAGGUUAGCGUUGGAAAUUUCAUGUCUGGGUUUUAUUAGCCAAGGGAAUGAGUUUUCUUAUUACAUGAUGAUAUGCUCCAGUUUUAUAUUAAACCACUGUCGAAUUGCUGAGGAGUGGACAAUAUAUCCAUGGAUACACAGUAAUUGCAAUUCUCUCUCAGACAAUGAUCAACUUCGUCCUAUUUCAGUUCCAGAUAUUCAUCCAGCAAGUUCAGCGAUAACUGAUGGCUUCUCAAUGUGUGGAGGUGAUUUUAUUGAAGUCUAUAGCGAUCCAAGUCAAAAAGGAGUUUGGGAUGCAGUUGUGACGUGUUUCUUUAUAGAUACAGCACACAACGUUGUUGAAUAUAUCGAGAUUAUCUCAAGAAUCCUCAAGGAUGAGGGUGUCUGGAUAAAUUUGGGUCCCCUGCUUUAUCAUUUUGCUGAUAUGUAUAAUCAGGACGAUGAGAUGUCAAUCGAGCUGAGCUUGGAAGAUGUAAAGAGGGUUGCCUGUCAUUAUGGAUUUCAAAUAGAGAAGGAAUCAACAAUAGCGACAACUUACACAACGAACAUGAGAUCAAUGAUGCAGAAUCGAUAUUACGCUGCAUUUUGGACCAUGCGAAAGAAGCCGCUUGCGUUGAGGACACAUGAUGCACAAUAA